UCAAACAUCAAGGCAUAGAAAAACAGUAAACACAGACAACACACAUUCAAUGAGAAAAAGAUUUAGCAGUGUUUUAGCAAAUAUAUCAAUCUUCUCACCUAACAUUCAGAAAGAAGUGUAUUUCCCAUAUUUUUUUGUUCCUCAUACUUUACAUAUGUCUACACUUUAAUACUAUACUUUUUCCUCUUCAGGCCUCAAGAAAUUAUUCAAACAAUUUAAAAAGGAAAAACCUAUUUUUGGUCAAACUGCUCAUGGGUCAUGUCAACAUAAGUCCAUAACCUGUGAUGAGGGGUCGCAAGAAUGAAAAUUUAUUUCAAGAGGUCUCAAGCCAAAUAUGUUGGGAACCACUGGGCUAUAGUGCAAUGAAGAUCUGUAAGGAGAGCGAGAAAAGACUUCAGAGGCUGGAUGGGUGUUUCAGCAAAUGUUUUCAUGACUCCUUCACUAUUCCACCAUCAGGAAACAGCUCACAAUAGCUUGAACGCUGUUGAGCUGUCAGGAUGUUUCAUGUUGACUCUACACCCCUGCGCAACAUGGUGGCGGUAUGCACCUUUUACGCUGGUUUACUGUCCGCCAAUAAAAACACAAAGAAGAAGCACAACGUAGCGUCAUGCUUACGUUUGCACCCCGUUUGUAAAUGCCAGACCUGCUGAGCUAAGACGGGUCCGGUAGACGCUAAAGAAGCAGAAGCCUUGACAGGAGAUUAGUAGAUGUUGUUGAGGACUGAGACUUAAGUUUAUGUAGAGACAAGAUGAGUGACGUCAGUGUGGACUCCAGCACGCUUUGCCUCUUUGAUGUUGACGGCACGCUCACGGCCGCGAGACUGCCUGCAACUCCGGACAUGUCAGAGUUUCUUGACAAGUUGAAAACUCGGGUUCGAGUCGGAGUGGUGGGGGGCUCGGACCUUGUCAAGAUCAAAGAGCAGCUGGGAGAUGAUGUGAUCCAGAAAGUGGACUAUGUGUUUGCUGAGAACGGUCUUGUGGCCUACAAGAAUGGACAGUUAAUCUCUGUUCAAUCCAUCCAGGCCCACAUGGGUGAAGAGCUACUACAAGAUUUCAUCAACUUCUGUCUCAACUACAUGGCCAAGAUCAAACUGCCCAAGAAGAGGGGGACAUUCAUUGAAUUUCGUAACGGCAUGUUGAACAUCUCCCCUAUUGGACGCAGCUGUACACAGGAAGAGAGGAUAGAGUUCUACGAGCUGGACAAGAAAGAAAAAAUCAGAGAGAAGUUUGUGUCCAUAUUAAAGGAAGAGUUCAAAGGAAAAGGAUUGUCAUUCUCAAUAGGAGGGCAGAUCAGCUUUGACGUGUUCCCUGAUGGUUGGGAUAAGAGAUACUGUCUGGGGAUUGUUGAGAAGGACAACUACUCAACCAUUCACUUCUUUGGAGACAAGACCAAACCUGGAGGAAACGACUAUGAAAUCUACUGUGACCCCCGGACCAUCGGCCAUGAAGUCUCCAGCCCAAAAGAAACACAACAGCUUUGUCAGAAGCUUUUCUUCUCAUGAGCGAGAAGCAGCAGCUGUUACCAUAUGUUCCCAUUACUUGUACAAAACAGAGAAGAGAGUUUAUAUUUUAGAGGUCUCAUUCAUCUGUGAGGAUCUAAUCUUUAGCUUUCAUUACAAAAAUAAUGAAUUUAAUGCAGAAUGAGCCAAUGUCACUGUGUCUUUGAUAAUGCCAAGGAAGAGAGAGUCACUGACAAAUGAGAAGAUAGACUUCUGGGUUUUCCUAAUGGAGUCUUGAAGCGUCAUGGCUUUAAAUGUGAUAGUAAACAUGAUAGUGGGUAUGCUGACAUUUUUUUUAUCAAUAUUUUUUUGUGGCAAAUCUCCAACAUUGUGCGCUAACUUUUUAUUUUAGAUGAGAUGAGAAAUGAGAUUCUGUCUUGUUAUCUCAGCAUUACCUCAUGGUAAAGGUUGAGCCAAAACCCUUACCAACAUAAUUGCUGGAGAUGAAAAAUGCAGUUGUUUUGUGUUUUUUUUUUUUUUAUUCACAUGUGAGUCUGACCAUCAUGUUCUUGAAUCACUUAUCUGGAAAUCCAACAUAUUUGUACAUGGCCUAAAAAAAAGCCUGGUACUGUUAUUCUAUGUAAUUGAUGUCAAUACUGUCUGACUCUGAAUCUGCUUUUUUUAACUAAUCCCCAACUCCCAUCUGACCCUGUGUGCCUCUGAUAAGCUGCAGCAGAAGACUCUUUGAUUUAGCAUUUCAGAUGUGAUUUUGAAGUGUACUUCAGUUAGUGGAAGCUGUAAGGAGAGUCAUGUCAAUGUUAGUGUUAACAAACAGGCCUUUUUGGAUUUUUUUUUUGUUUUUUGUCUCAGAGCAAAUUUGUCAGUCAAAUGUCGUGGCCGUUGCUCUGACGUCUCUUUGCUCGCAUUUUCUGUGAAAGCCUUUUGUAGGUUUCACACUUGUCUUUGUUUCAUUAUGUUUACUAUCACUGCUCGGUUUGAUCCGAACAAACUGGAAUCCUAGCCAGAUGUUUUAGAAUAACAAAUAUCAAAAGCUUUCAUGCACUGACAGCAUUGUAAGGCUGAAUCACCUUGCUGUUAUGGAAGUUAAUUAACUAAAAUAUAUGUUUUUAUAUUGUAAAGUCACCAGUUAGUGUACUACUUUUAGGCGAGGAAAAAGCUGCAGGUUAAAAUAUUUCAGAGGAAAGAGGUGUUGAACAAAAAACAUCUGGUGUUAUGUAACGGUUCUUGCAGCACAGCAGCAACAGAAUCAGAGCAUCCUGUGAGCCUGAUAGAUUAGUCACUUGUCUGUUACUUAAUCUGGUUGAAUUUCCCUUCUUAUUAAGUGAAGUAAUAAUACAAAACACAAGUGCUUAUUGAUAUUAUUGGCCCCUUAAAUGUUAUAGAAUAUAGGCUAUCUGAGACUUAUGCUUCAUACAAUCAUAAUAAGUGAUGUUAUAUGUCAAUACAUGACACUAAAAACCUGAAUGAAGAAUCACCUUAAAUUCUGCUUAGAGAAAGAUUAGAACUUUGAGAAAUAAAAGAAGGGAACAA